AUGAUGGACUUUUCUGGGCUUGAUAUUGAAGAUACCGAAGAUUAUGACGGAGCUAGGUUGGCUGUCGUUCCGGGCGAGUCUAUCACGUCCCAGCUCUCGGAACUCGCCCCCUCGAAUCCCGGAAGGACCCUCCUCCCUUCCACCGUGGCCCGGGCCGUCAGCUUCGCAACAAGAUCAACCAGUCUUGCCCUGCGGGUGGGCACUAUUUUGACCGGUUAUGGCUUCGACGCUGCCAAGAUGACGACCCUGUCCAGCUUGGAGAUGGGUCGUUUUGUCCUCGAAGGAAUCCUCGGCCGGGCUGGUAGAGACGCAAUCGCUCGUUCUUCUUCGGAACAUGGGCGAAAAGAGGCCGAGAAUAUGCUCGAAAAGAGCUUGGAGAACCUACACCGGACCAUGAGUCAGAUUCUCUUCUGGACAACAACAGGCUUCCAUGUGACGGGGACAACAAUUGCCAUGUUCUCCGAGACCUCACAGCUUCUUCUUUCCACCUUGGACCAAUUUUUCGGCUCGACUGACUCUUCUCGCGCCAUGGCCAGCAUCAUCACGCUCAUACGAAGGGAGUUUCGAAAUCCAGCUACUGGCGCACAAGGCGAACAAGUCGGAGUUCUUGAUCUGAUGCUUGGACUUUGCGGCAUGGCGUAUCUGCAGAGAUGGUGUCGACGAUCGCUUGACGAGGAGACGCGGGCGCUUCAGAUUGAGGAGAUCAUUUGGGAUGUCGUGGUUCUCAGUGAUGGUAUGCGGGUCGAUGUCCACGAGGAGAGUGUCUAUGGUGUGCAUGAUGGUGAGUUUACGGAGGACUUAUCCUCCACCAGUGGCAGCGGCGCACAUGACAGCGAGGAGGACGCAGAAGAAAGGAUAAAAAACCAAAUAAUACGGUCUCUCGGCGACAACGCCAAGGUUUCCAUCACCACCAAGAUCAACACCACAAAAACAAUCACCGUCGAUAUUCAAGGACCGAUACACGACAUACCCGUCUCCCCGCCACCAGGAGUUGAACUCAUUGAGGAGAGUAGGAAUACCCGCCAAAUCUCCUCACAGACGCAACUCCCGGCAGACCACAUCCCUCAUGCCUGUCGUGUUGUGUACCGGCUGAAUCGCAACCAGGAGAGAAGGUAUUCCAUCACAAAGGAGGAUGGGGAUAUCAGCCAAGUGACCGGAUAUGUCGAGCAGCUAGACGACACUGACGACACCAUGUCCGAACGCUCAUUGCCAACAGUUGACACCUUACCUUCGGUACCAACCAAGUCACUGGAACACGCGCCAGAUUCUGCCAUUCCACGUCCCGGCUCUUCCGCUUCCGCUGCCUCCAGCUCUUCCAAGAGUCGCAUCCCCUCAAUUCAGAUGCCGAAGAAGCGGAGUGAGAACACGACAAGCCAGAAGCGCCCUCGAAUACCACCCACUGCCUCCUCAUCAAACAAGCGUCAGGAAACGGCAGCAUCGCGGACAUCUGGUAGUCGCUUUAUGUCGUCGAAAACCAGAGAGGAUGCAGAGUCGAAAAGGAAACCAGUCGAGAAGAAGAGCGGAUUUCGAAAGUUCUUUAGCAGAGACGAUUCGGAUUCGGAUACCCCCUCGCGCAAGAAGAAGGAAGGUCAAAGUUCCAGCAGUACAAGGUUGACCAAGCCUGAACCUUCACCCAAGUACAAGUUUGCUUUGCCUAGUCCUAUCCGGACUUCGGCUCCUCAUCGUCCUUCGACUUCUUCUCGUCCAACGCACCGCGCGUCUUCCGCUUCGAUCCCUAGGAUAGAGGAACCAACGGUGUCUCCGAAGAGCAGCUCUGGUAGCCUCGGAAGGAAAAACGUUGAGAGGUCUCAAUACAUACGGCCCCCAUCACGGACGAGCUACAUUUCGGUUCAUGAGAGGCGCCGCGACUCAGUAUACUCGCAGACAGAAUCAUACUCAAUCUCUGCGGCCGACGACUUCCGACACUCCAGGGCUCCUUCGCCAUGCGCGAUUGAGACCGACGACGAAGAUGCCGGCUCUCUGGUCAAUCCUCGAUCAUCCGAUCCUGCCCUCUCACCCCCCUACGGUCUUCCAUCACCAAUAAACGGGAGACGAAUGAAGUCGAGGUACACUCCGAGCAUCUACACCCUCCCACACGAAUCAACAUCUUCCCUCAUUCCCUACAGAGAUCCACAUAAAAGCGCCUUCAGCAACACAGAAGCAUUGCGAGAACUGCGCCAAGCCGGCAUGGUGGAAGGCAUAUUUCCCAAACACCAUCUCCUCCGGAACAUCACGCGCUUCAUGCGUUUCGCCUCCGCAUCCUACGGCUCCAACUUCCUCAAGAUGCUCGGAAUCGCCAAACAAAUGCCCAUCCUGCGCGCCUUGGACACCGAGACCCACCACGAGCUACGCUCCUUCGCGCACCACACUGAAUCCGACGCCGGCAGCAUCCUGCUCUCCUCCUUCGUUGACCCCCAAGGCGGGUCUGACGGUACGGGUUCAACUAACACGGGCGUGCCCUUGGUGCACUACAUCAGUCUCGACCACGACUCCAAAGCCGUCGUGCUCGCCUGCCGCGGUACCCUGGGGUUCGAAGACGUCCUGGCCGACAUGACGUGCGACUACGAUGACCUCGUCUGGCGUGGUAAAGCCUACAAAGUACACAAGGGCAUACACGCCUCUGCCAAGCGCUUGCUGUACGGCGGUGACGGCCGCGUUCUGUACACCCUCAAACAAGCGCUGGAAGAAUUUCCUGACUACGGCCUCGUGCUCGCUGGCCACUCCCUUGGCGGUGGCGUCACCGCUCUCUUGGGCGUCAUGCUCUCCGAGCCCGCUCCCGGCUGCAACAGCACCAGCUUUGUCACGUCCGCUGAUCCGCACACGCACCUUUUGGGUGACUCACUCUUCACCGGCCUCGCAGCUACCCAACCUCCCCGCCAUGUCUGCUUACCCUCAGGUCGACCCGUGCACGUCUAUGCCUACGGCCCACCUAGUACCAUGUCGGCGUCACUGUGCAAGGCCACGAGGGGAUUGAUCACUAGCAUCGUCAACGGAAACGACAUGGUGCCCUAUCUCUCGUUGGGCGUGUUGCAUGAUUUCCAGGCUGUAGCGCUGGCGUUUAAGACGGAUAAUAACGAAGCAAAAGUGGAAGUGCGCCAGCGGAUCUGGGAGGCUUUCCAGACGGGGAUUGCAGAUAAGUGGUACGGUGGAAACCAGACUUCUUAUCCUGGGACCGCCGGAGGUCCCGGUCCAAGUGAUCCAUCAUCCUCCUCCUCCUCAUCAUCCUCUGUCCCAGGUACCGGCGGUGAAAGAGGAGGACCAGGCGACUUCUCAGACGACGACCAAUGGGCCUACGCUGCCCUCAAGGUGUUGCGCGCUUCCAUGAUGAGCCACAAGCUCUUGCCUCCGGGGGAGGUGUUUGUGGUGGAGAGCACCAGGGUGCUGAGAAGGGACGCGUUUUUGCUAGAUGGGGAGGAAGGACACCUGGGCAGGCCGGCACAGAGGAUUGUGCUCAAGUAUAUAAGGGAUGUGGAACAUCGGUUCAGGGAGGUCAGGUUUGGGACGAGCAUGUUGACGGAUCAUAGCCCGGGGAAAUACGAGGAUGCGUUGAAUAAGUUGCGGGCGGGGGUUAUGGAUGCUGCUUGA